CCCACUUUUCCCUUCCGUAUCUUCUUUGAUUCCAGAGAGAACGACAAUGGCAGAGGGUGGUAAUGAAGAAGUGGUGAGCAACAAGCAGGUGAUAUUGCGGGACUAUGUCACUGGUUUCCCUAAGGAAACAGACAUGUACGUUACCACAACCUCCAUAAACCUCAGGGUACCAGAGGACUCUAAUGGGGUUCUCCUCAAAAACCUCUACUUGUCCUGUGAUCCCUACAUGAGAAGUCGGAUGAAACACUCUGAAGAACCUGACUUUGUCCCUUACACUCCAGGCUCUCCAAUAGUUGGGUUUGGAGUGUCCAAAGUUGUGGACUCAAGGCAUCCUGAGUACAAAAAGGGUGACUUAGUUUGGGGCUACACUGGGUGGGAAGAAUAUACUCACCUUAGUGAACCUCAAGUGCUUUUCAAAAUUCCCAAUACCGAUGUGCCACUUUCCUAUUACACUGGACUUCUCGGUAUGGCUGGUCUCACUGCUUAUUUCGGGCUGCACGAUGUUUGCUCUCCUAAGAAAGGAGAAUAUGUAUACAUUUCAGCAGCAUCUGGUGCAGUUGGUCAGCUUGUUGGGCAGUUUGCCAAGUCAGCAGGCUGUUAUGUAGUUGGAAGCGCUGGAAGCAAAGAAAAGGUCGAUCUGCUGAAGAACAAAUUUGGGUUUGAUGAGGCUUUCAAUUAUAAAGAAGAGAAUGAUCUCGAUGCUGCUUUGAAAAGGUACUUCCCUGAAGGUAUUGACAUCUACUUUGAAAAUGUUGGUGGUAAAAUGCUUGAUGCUGUGCUUCUAAACAUGAGGGCGCAUGGACGCAUUGCUGUAUGUGGGAUGAUCUCACAAUACAAUCUAGAGCAGCCUGAAGGUGUGACUAAUCUAAUGCAAAUUAUUUAUAAGCGGGUCCGUUUGCAAGGAUUUUUGGUCUUUGAUUACUUUCCGCAAUAUUACAAGUUCGUGGAUGCAGUAUUACCUGACAUUAAACAGGGGAAGAUAAAAUAUGUUGAAGACACAGCUGAAGGUCUCGAGAGUGCUCCGGCUGCAUUAAUAGGCCUUUUCAGUGGCCGCAACGUUGGGAAACAAGUAGUUGUAAUUUGUCGCGAGUGAUUUGGUCUUAUCUGUGUAUCCUAGCAAUAAUGUCCAGAGUCUCAUAUCUAAUAAUUAUAAUUCAUCUAAGAGGGUUUCUGGUUUCUUGGCCUGCUGUUAUCCUGGAACUUAAACUUGACAUUAUGUUCGUCCUAUGUAUUAAAUGACUGUCUUUUUUUUCUCAUCUAUGGUAUUCUAGCUAGUUGUAAUUGUCUUUUGCAAAAAUUUGUCAGAACAUGUCAAGUGGGUCAGUGAAUCAAUUACGAUCCUUUGC